AUGCCUAAAACCCUCCAACUACUGAAUGAACUGGAAGCCGUCGAACUAAAAGGUUAUAAUACUGUAGCUGGUAACACUUUUGAAAAUAUGAUGCCGGUCCUGGUUGGCAUGAACACUGAAGAAAUAGAAAUGACUUGUUGGAAAGAUCCAUGGACUUCAUUGGACCACUGUCCUUACAUUUGGGAAAGAUUUAAAGACGUGGGCUACUACACAGCGUUGGUGGAAGAUACUGCGAAGUUAGGUAUGUUUAAUCAAUGGAAGAGUGGUUUUCAUGGGAAACCUACUGAUUAUUAUUUACAUCCAUUUAUACAUGAAGCUGAAACUUUGAAUCAAGAGACAAAAAGUGAAAGUUAUGUGAAAUAUACCAAAAGAAGCAAAGUCGUAUCCCCUUGUAUGGGGGACAAAUAUUACUACGAAAUUCUUUUAAAUUAUAUUCAGAGUCUAACUAAAACACUAAAGAAAUCAAGAUUAUUCGGGCUUUUUUGGGAAACAACGAUGACUCAUGAUAAUCUAAACGAUCCUGCGUUAUUGGAUGACGCGUAUGUUGAGUUUAUAAAUAAGAUGGAUUCCACUGGCUAUUUAAAUAAAACGAUAUUAAUAUUCUUAAGUGAUCACGGUAUGGACACUGGAAAUAUACUUCAUACUAAACAAGGCCAGAUUGAACAGAGACUGCCAUUUGUUUUCAUGUUGAUGCCACCUUCAUUCCGUAAACAAUACAGACUGGCUUACCACAAUUUAAAGGUUAAUAAAGAACGUCUAACAACACCUUUUGAUUUGCAUGACACAUUAGUAGAUCUCAUCGACAUGAGUGCCAUUACUGAAAAGGAGAUUUUAGAAAGAAGUAGAGAAUUUUAUACGCACAAUAGGCGCAUUAGCCUUUUCUUGUCGAUCCCCAGAAACAGAACAUGCGACAUGGCUGGUAUUAGAGCCAUGUGGUGCGCUUGCUAUAAUGAAGUAAAUGUAGCACUAAAUAGCCCAGUACUUUUGGACGCAGUCAGCUAUUUCACAAAUGAAAUAAACGAGAUGUUGAAGCAGUAUCCGGAAUGUGUGAGUCUCACAGCGGACGAUAUUGUAAUGGCAAAAGAAAUGGUACCAAUUUACACAAGAUAUGACGAAUGGCGGGACUUUGAUGUGAUCGUGCGCAUGGCGCCUGGGGGCAGCAUGUUGGAGACGAUAAUGCGGCUUUACAAUGACAAUUGGACUAUCAUAGAUCGUGUGAAGCGACUGAACUUUCUUGACGUUCGGACUACGUGUAUUGAAGAUCCCACUGUAAAACUAUUUUGUUAUUGUAAUAAUUUAUAA